AUCAACACAACAAGAGACCAUUCCAAAAAUGAAAUUUCUGAUUGUAGCCGUUGCCUUUUUGGCUUGCGCCUGCGCGGAUGUCUCGGAGCUCGAUCAGGGCUAUAACUAUCCACAGCCGGCGCCACCAGCACCCGCACCCUCGUAUAUUCCUCCGCCAGCAGCUCCAAAGAACACCUAUAUUCCUCCUCCUCCGGCUCCAGCCAAGGCGUACAUCCCACCCCCACCCCCUCCCCCCCCACCAGCACCCAAGCCCUCAUACAUCCCUCCCCCCGCUGCACCCGCCAAGGCCUAUAUUCCACCCGCUCCAAAGAACACCUACAUUCCCCCAGCGGCCGAGGAGCCCGUCUUCGAUGAGAUCGAGCAGCCAGCCCAGGAUGGCUAUCGCUACAAGACUGUGCGUCGUCGUGUCUUCCGUCACCGCAAUUAAGCUUAACCUUUGUUGACUAAU